UCUGCGCGAGUACGUUGUGUCAUUUCGUUCGUCGAGGGACAAAGCUCCAUCGUCGCUGCUUCGUUCCUUCAGAUCUCUCUCUCUCUCUAGAGCUCCAUCCGCGACAUCGCCAGGCUUGAAAAUGGGGCUGUCUUUCACGAAACUUUUCAGUAGGCUGUUUGCUAAGAAGGAGAUGCGUAUUUUGAUGGUGGGUCUUGAUGCUGCUGGUAAGACUACAAUUCUGUACAAGCUCAAGCUGGGAGAAAUUGUCACCACCAUUCCAACCAUUGGAUUCAAUGUUGAGACCGUUGAGUACAAGAACAUCAGCUUCACCGUCUGGGAUGUUGGGGGCCAGGACAAGAUUCGCCCCCUGUGGAGGCAUUACUUCCAAAAUACCCAAGGCCUGAUCUUUGUGGUUGACAGCAAUGAUCGAGACCGUGUGGUUGAAGCUAGGGAUGAGCUGCACAGAAUGUUGAAUGAGGAUGAGUUGAGGGAUGCUGUGUUGCUAGUGUUUGCUAACAAGCAAGAUCUUCCAAAUGCAAUGAAUGCUGCUGAAAUCACCGACAAACUUGGCCUUCACUCUCUCCGUCAACGUCAUUGGUACAUCCAGAGCACAUGCGCCACCUCCGGUGAAGGCCUCUAUGAAGGACUGGACUGGCUCUCCAACAACAUUGCAAACAAGGCAUAAUCGUGCUGAUCCUGAGGCACCUCGGUUCGAGUAGGAACUUCGCAUUACUUUUCGUUGUUCUUGAAUUUGGUAUCUUUUUUCACAGUUUGUGUUCAGUUUGAUAUUGUUGCUGAUUUACGUUGUCGCUGAUACCUGUAGUUAAACAAUAUUCGACGGAUCUUAUUCUUUAUUGUCAUUGUAAAACGUUUAUUCUUUUUCUCGA